AUGGUAUCAAAGAUCAUUUUAGCGAUAUUUCCCGUCCUAUUUGCAACAUACACGUCUGCUGUUCCAUUAAUUAGCGUUGAGGGAGCCAAUUUUAUCGAGAGCGCCUCAGGAAAUCGAUUUCAAGUAGUUGGAGUAGCAUAUCAGCCCGCCGGAAGCUCUGGAUAUAACCCUGGAUCUGGUGUAGAUCCAUUAAGCGAUGGAAGCACCUGUCUUAGAGAUGCUGCCUUAAUGCAACAGCUAGGCAUCAAUACAGUUCGAGUGUAUAAUGUAGACCCCAAGAUUAAUCAUGAUCUUUGUGCAUCUAUAUUCAAUCAAGUUGGUAUUUAUUUAAUGAUCGACGUCAACUCACCACUUUCGGGAGAAAAUAUUAAUCGGCUCGAACCUUGGACGUCGUACUACGGAGCAUACUUGAGUCGAAUAUUCUCGGUUGUUGAGGCAUUCAAGAAUUACCCAAAUACUCUUCUUUUUUUUGCUGGCAAUGAAGUAGUAAAUGAUGUCGAAACAGGUGAAUCAACGCCUCCCUACCUAAGGGCUGUUACUCGAGACCUUAAAAAUUACAUUUCCAAAAACUCCAAACGUAAAAUUCCAGUUGGAUAUAGUGCUGCAGAUGUUAGAGAAAAUCUCUUUGACACGUGGAACUAUUUGCUCUGCUCAACGACUGGCGAAGAUGAUGACCCAUCGCGAGGAGACAUUUUUGCCGUUAAUAGUUACAGCUGGUGUGGUGAUUCUAGCAUUACUGAGUCAGGAUAUGACACCUUGUUAGCUGGCUUUGCUAACACCAGUGCACCGGUCUUUUUUUCGGAGUAUGGAUGCAAUACCCCGGCUCCUCGUGUCUUCAGCGAAGUUCCGGCAAUUUAUGGCCCAGUGGUCUCUCCUGUACUAUCUGGUGGAGUAGUAUACGAGUUUUCACAAGAGCCCGCAAACUUUGGACUCGUUGAACUAAAAGCUGAUGGCUCUGCUCAAGUAAAUUCUGAUUUUGAGACGCUACAAAAGCAAUUCGGGAAACUCGACCGGAAAUCAAUACAGGGAACGAAGCCGGAAAAAAACAAGUCUAAGCCACCAGUCUGCAGCGCGUCCUUAAUAACGUCUCCCAAGUUUAAUCGAAGCUUCAAGAUUCCCGUUCCUCCACCAGGGGCGCAGGAGCUCAUCGACAAUGGCGUUCCUAAUCCACCGGUAGGUAAAAUUAUACCCGUGACUAACACGGCGGUAAAGCAAAAAGUGCUUCGCAGCAACGGAGACCCGAUGACAAACUUGAAGAUUAGACCGUUGGCACAGAACGACACCGACAGCUCUCCGAACACGGGGAAUUCAAGUGAUACUGAUCGCACUAUCAAUGAUGCUCAACCGAGCCCUAAUGAUCCAGGUCCGCCCCUUAAUGACACCAAAACUCCUCCUAAAAUCAGUAGGCCAGAGCCCAAUAACGACGUUAUGAACCCAGCAUCGGUACCAGCCAAUAUCGCAGCAUCAACACCCGCCACAAGCAAACAAACCGACGCGAAAUCCAUCGGAUCAGAGAAGGCUCAAGUCAGCUGGACUCUAGUAGCAGCUUUGAUGAUGCUUUACUUGAGUAAUUAA